CGCCUCGGGCUGCCAUUGGCGCCGCGGGGCUGCGGCACUGCCCGGGGCGCCGGCUCUCCGCCCCCGGCAUAAGAAGCCGGCGGCUGGCCGGGCGCCCGGGCCGCAUCGCCGCGCCGCAGCCCAGCCGCCGGCGGGGAGGGCCGCGCCACCGCCAUGUCCGAGCUGGAGAAGGCCAUGGUGGCCAUCAUCGACGCCUUCCACCAGUACUCGGGGAAGGAGGGCGACAAGCACAAGCUGAAGAAAGCGGAGCUGAAGGAGCUCAUCAACAACGAGCUCCCCCAUUUCCUUGGUGAGAUCAAAGACCAGGAGACCGUCGACAAAGUCAUGGAGGCGCUCGACAGCGACGGGGACUCCGAGUGCGACUUCCAGGAGUUCGUAGCCUUCGUGGCCAUGGUCACCGCCGCCUGCCACGAGUUCUUCGAGCACGAGUGAGGCAGCGUGCGGCCGCCCAGCAGCCCC